GUGCGAUAACAACUUGCUCACGAUGGCACGUUCUAACCUCCAACCGCCACGGUUGGAAGACAAAAUAUACCGUCGCGAUUGCUUACUUCGCAGCAAUGUCGAAUUACCAUCAAAUGGCGGUGCCAAGUUGUCGCGCGAAAAGACGCAAAGACAAACGAGGUAAGUUCCCGAAGGAGAAUCCACAGUGAACCAUCGGACUCCGAGAGAUCGCGUGUACGAAUUUCACUCCUCACGUGUGAGUCUAACCCUCGGACUUCACAUUUCAAUGUAUCAGCUCGACCAUAAGAGAGACUCGGCUUAUACAUAGAUAACCAGCUAUUGAAUAAAUAAAGCAAUUGAUGUGAUAAGCAAAUAAAAUAAAAAUGCCAAAGUAUACGCUGAGAAAGUACUCGCGGUAGAUUCGAUCCUUUCGCAUGCCGGUAUUGACGUCGAGAUGCAGCUCGAAACAUCAUCCGUCAGCCGUCGUCAACUGGAAAAAAAGCGUUCGCGAACGAAGCAGGAAAGCCUGCGAUCGGAAGUACGAAUGAACCAAGUAUCUCAUUCAACCGGCACUUUUCAAGCUCUCGAGCGUUUCUUGACGUGCAUACGCGCGAAGAGUUUGUGGAGCAAUAGCCGAUGCACCUGGUGGGGCGAAGGGGGAGGGCAAAACGGCAGGGAAGACAGACGGUGCGACCUCUAGCGAGGCGUAAUGGGUGUGCAUCGUAGCAAUGCGUUGCAUUGCUGUCGAAUAUGGCGUCGAGCACGGACCUGACGGAGUAUUCGUCUCCGGUGAAGCGUCGUAGGGUGGACGACGGCAGCGGUCACGGGAGCAUCAGCGGGGCCACGAUGGAUUCGAUGACUGGUGAGACAGCCCACGCCAGGCCGAACGAAGAUCUCGAAGAAACGUUUGGUACAGACAAUGAGUUCACGGAACUGAGUGAUGAAUCCAAAUCAGCAUCCAUAUCUCCUGCAACCACAAGUUUAAUAUCACCACCAUCUCGAGUCGACUCAAUCAGUGAUGAUACUGGUUGCCCGAUCGAUACUGCGGAUGAAAAAGAUGAGGUAUCUUCCACUGUUUCAAAUCUGUCAGAUUUAUCGGGGUUAUCUGAUCUUUCUGGAGAGGCAGAAAUUAGUCAUCAAUGGAGGAACGCUUCUUCCUGGGUUCAAAAACAGGUGCUCACUGGUGCUGAUCCAAGAAAUCUCCUACACCACUUGCUCAUGGGUUCUACACAAAUUCCUGAGCAGAUCAUAAUUAACAUGAUAUCGGAGCCUAGGCAAAAACUCCGACACGUAAACACCUUAACAGACGUGGUGCGAUUGGUUCGCAACAGCGAGAAAAUUAUAGUAUUGACUGGCGCUGGUGUAAGCGUUAGCUGUGGUAUUCCUGACUUUAGAAGUAGGGAUGGUAUUUACUCAAGAUUAGCACAAGACUUUCCGAAUUUGCCAGAUCCACAGGCUAUGUUUGACAUUACUUAUUUUGCUGAAGAUCCCAGGCCAUUCUACAAAUUUGCGCGCGAAAUAUACCCAGGACAAUUUGAGCCUAGUCCCUGCCAUAGGUUCAUCAAAAUGCUAGACAAACAGAAGAAGCUCUUGAGGAAUUAUUCGCAAAAUAUCGACACUCUGGAGCAAGCUGCUGGCAUUGAGAAUGUGAUCGAAUGCCAUGGCUCCUUCGCUACUGCGUCGUGCACAAAUUGUAAAUAUCGAGUGAAAGCGGACGAAAUCAGGGAAGACAUCUUCGCACAGAGGAUACCUUUUUGUCCGAAAUGUCGUGAGAAGGAUAUAUUGCGUUCUCUGCCCAAGCUUAACCCCAACGAGAACUACCGAGGUCUGGUAUCCCAAGGCAUAAUGAAGCCAGAUAUCGUUUUCUUUGGCGAGGGGCUGCCGAAUGUAUUUCACGACGCGAUGGCCAAAGACAAGGACGAUUGUGACCUUUUAAUCGUUAUUGGCUCAUCCCUGAAAGUUCGACCGGUGUCUUUAAUCCCAUCAUCCAUUCCGUCUCAUGUACCGCAGAUCCUCAUUAAUCGGGAGUCAUUGGCACAUGUUAAGUUUGACGUUGAGCUGUUGGGCGAUGGUGAUGUUAUUAUUAAUCAGAUAUGCCAUCUGUUGGGAGACACUUAUAAAGAAGUCUGUUGGCAUGAUAAGAUUUUGAAGGAGGCGUCACAGCUUCUACCGGUGCGUUGUCUGUCCGACGACACAUGGGAACAGAGUCAAGAUACAACCACCAAUACCGAACUGUCGCGCGACAGCGUCGAGGUCGAUUUAAAAUCUCACAAUGUGUCCUCGACUGAGAGUCAAGAUAGUCUGUUGAUCAACGCCAACGCAAUGUCACAACGUGCGGAGGAUAUCAAUAUCUGCGUGUCACCUUUCUAUGGCGGGCACAUGGAUAGUACAGAGGAGGGCUUCAAUCUUCUGGGAGAGAGUCCAAAGAGGCGAUCGGGUGAUACUAGUAUAGAGAACAGUCCCAAGCGGAUGAAUUUUGGCAAUACCCGCGAUGCGAAACUGGCGAGUUUCGUUUCAUCGCCGACAAAAAUCAACGUCGAAUGUGCAAUGACCUCACCGAGGAAUAAGACUCACGUCCCAUCCACGGAAUCUGUGUCUGAAAAUAGUUCAAUGGAGGAAUGUCAAGUAGUACCGACGACAAUGUCCAUUUCAUCGGAAGCGGUUCUCUACGAUAACACUCUAGAGUCGCACAAAUUAUUAGACAACUGUGGACAAACGAUCAAGUACGACGACACCAUGACAGCAACGGACAUCGUGGAGUCGGACAAGAUGAUACCGAAGCCGAGACAAGCAUCGGUGGACUCUGUCUUAGAUUCUGGUAUAGGUGACAGUUGUAACAGUGUCGACAGCACAGAGAAGUACGGCAUGACUGAAUUGAAGAACAGAACAUUGGAAGGUCACUGUUGGCAGCCGAAGAUCCGAGAGAGUCUCGCUACCAGGCUACCAGAAAACUCAUAUUACCAGCUGGCGCCAGGUAGAUACAUUUUCCCUGGUGCGGAGAUCUAUUCCGAGCCCGAGGAUUAUGAUCAGUGCUCCCUGUCGGCGAACUCCGAGAGCACAGACAGUGAGAGUGACUCCUCCUCGGGCGAGGAAGAAGAGGACGAGGAAGAGGAGACAUGCGCGGAUGACGAUCUGUCGGAGAGCGCGGAUCCCGACGCGGACUCUGAUAGGCGAAACAACGACGCGAAAUGGGCAAGCAAUUCCUACAGCGUCAGACAAGAUUAAAACGCGCUCAAGCUAUAGCGGUUAAUCCUCGGUAACUGUUAUUACAUCGGCUCUCAACCGGUGAUGUUCGCCGACGAGAUCAUUACAUAGAAUCAUAAACGGUGCAAUUUUUACCAACUCGCAGUUCGUUCGCAACGGCAAGAAUAUACACCUGUAUGUCGUACAUAGGCAGAAUGGUUGAACGGUCGCGGAUGAGCCAUCUCUGCUCUGCACUGUGAAAGUCGUUGCGAAGAUCAGCAGAAAUCUUUAUUCCACCAAUGUUGGUGAGCACAGCUGUGUGAGACGGUUGAAUUAUCGUUGUCGUUUUGUUUCGUGGCUGCCGCCAGAAAUGGUCGCGGGUGCAUUUAAAUUUCAAUCAGGGUUUCACGUCGAAGUUUUUCUCUAUUCGUGUGUCGUGUGCGAUUCAUCACCACGUGAUCUUCAAAAGAGUGAUUUCAAAUAUCUGCACACGCAAUGUGUAAUUCGACGUGUUACUCUAUCGGUGGUUUAUAAAUUGUGAUAAGUGUUGCUCGUGAUAAAUGUUCACUCUUUCUCUCUCUCUCUCCCUCUCUUUCAAAUCUGUUUUUUCUCAUUACAUAUGAAAAUUUAAAGCCACCGUUAUUUCUGCUUAUAGUUGGAAACCGCGGGACGAAAGCACAACGGUAACUACGUCUCACAUGUUGUCCACACGAUCUUUGCUAAUAAUGAAGAUUAUGGAAAUUAUCGAGAUUGCUUUUAGCUUAAUACACUAUCUAUAAUUAUUUCGUUUCCUAAUAAUAAUCUAUUAAGAGCUACUUUAUACGCGCAUGAGGUGUGUACAUAUUGGUGUUUCAGCACGACUCCUUCGUCGUAAGAUGAAGAGUCGGGAGACACUAACGGAAUUUAGAUUCUGUUUCAAUUAAGUGGUAACGAUGGUAACGUGUAAAUAUGAGAUUAAACGUAAACGUAUUAGCACGGUUAAAAAUCGCGGAUUGUUGAGUCUAUGAUGCGAGUAAAGUGAUAUUCCAAACGGUAAAUCCGUUCGUUUUAGCUGGUCUCUUCUGCAUUUAAAGUGAAACAAGUUUACUCACAUAUUUUGACGGGCCAGAAAAGAAAAAAGAGAUAACGUGGGAGAACGGAAGGGAGGUGCAAAGAAGAGAGUAGUGAGUAUAGCUAAAAUCAACGGAUCCAAUUAAUGCAUUUUGCGAAAAUGAGAUCUACUAUCUUAUUUUAUUAUAUCAGAAUGAAUGUAAUCACACCUUUACGCACGCGAGCACACUCACAUGGCACGAAAAGAUGUCAUGUUAGUUUGUUAGAAACUGCAAAAACUGUCUUGAACGAGAACGAUUUCUUCAUUCGCGAUUCUUGAUUCAAAUUGAUUAGUUGAAUGACAUUGAAACGAUACGAUUAAUCGAUGAGAAAGCGAUAGUAUGACAAAACAUGCAGAAUCUGCUGUAACUAAUUAAAAAUUAAAAAAAAAGAACUUAUCCGCGACGCGCGUCAUGCCCGUCGUUAUGAAUAGAAUCGCUAGUAUUAGUCGACAUCUUCUUUCAACGUUGCAAACUUGAGGGAGGGAUAAUAGCUAAUUACAAAUCAUGUAUCAUUCUAUUAGCCUUGAAUUCAGCUCAAAAGUUUAUAUUCUCCCAUUUUGUGUGCGAUUUUCGGCUACAAAAUAAGUUUCCGAGACUUAUUCACAUAGGCACACAAUUGGGACCGGGCUUUCGGCACAUUCGGCGAAUAAGAUCCUGCAAAAUCGCACGAUCGAUCCAACGUGUAAUCGACGAUCACUGAUUCUAUCGUACGUUAAGUUGUACUAAUAAGCUUCUCGCAUCCCAAUACGGAUAAUCGUCAUGGUUUGGCAGUGAACACUUUUUUUUUGUUAGACUCUUUAAGUUCAACUUUGUUUCAUUGGAGCACGGGCGAAUGUACAAAGCAAUGUUGGAUAGCUUCGCAUUGCGUGUUAUUUUUAUAUGAGCAAGAAAAGAAGUAUAUAGAAUAGCGAAUUUACAAGAUUAAAAAAAAACAAAAUGACGCAAUAAUCUUUGACAAACCGUUGUUGAAUACGGUUCUGCCGUGACAAACUAAAGUGAACCGUACAUAAAUAAAUGAAAGAAGGAAAAAAGAUGUGUAGUGCAAAGGCGGAUAGUGCAAAGAGAGAGAGAGAGAGGGAGAGAGAGUGUGACGUUGUUUAUGAGAAUGUUUUGCUGAGACACAUUUUAUAUGCAUAUAGAGAAGAACGGUUCUGUCAAAGACAUUAUUGCAAUUUAUCUGUAAGGAAUAAAAGAACGGUUGUGUGCAAGUUUUAUUAUAAUAUAAUUAUAAUGGACGUAAACUUACUUCGAUUCAAUGCUAUCGCAUUGUAUGAGUAAUGUUUGAAAUAACGGCGAAAAUUAAGUAAGUGGGAAGAAAUGCGUGUGCGUGCGUAUGUACUUGCGAGAAUGAGAGAGAAAGAGAGAUGGAGCGAACGAUAUUAAUAAUUCACAUGCGAUAAGCAACGUAUGUAAGCACACUCUUCUAAUAAUGUGACAUAAGAUUUUACUUUUCUUUUAUUCCGCUAUAUGCAAGUUCUACAUGGGAGAGAAUCGUGUCCCGGUAUAGAGACACUUUUACUACAGCGGCAAGAAGACUCAUUUAGUAGACCUGUUUGCUUCCGAAAAAUACCGUAUAAUUUCGGUUCCUUACAAUAAGAGACAGUUUUAUAUAAGAUUAGACAUGAGGAUUAUUGAUUUUUUGCCUUGUAAAAAAUUGCUUUAUUUAUCACUGUUUUGCUGAACAGAAGGCAGAUUAAGUAUAUUAUUAUUUGAUAAAUCUUUUUGUAUUAUUAUUUAUUUGAUAUAUACACGCAACACGCCACACACAACACACACACACAUACACACUUGUGAAUGUAUAUGUGCAUGUAAAGUGUACAUGUAUGUAUACAGGCGCACGAAAAAACGAAUGAUUGGUUUCCAGAUGCUACUCAUAUAAUUUCGCAGAUCCUUGGAAACUCCGACUCUCUGCGAUCUCUCGACUAGGUACACGUAAUAAUAAUAAUAAUACAUAUGACUACAAUCAUUCAGCAGUUGAUCGCGCGAAACGCGUGAUCUAGCUCCAUUUCUGGGUUGCUCUUUCUUUUUUUUAUUUUAUUUUAUUUUAUUUUUUUUUUUUUAACUUAAUUCUUUACUUAUGCGCCGAGGCUACUUAAGGGAUUGAGUCGGAGCGUGUGUGAUCACGAGAAUACAUCGAUCCAGCGUCAUAUGUUUUUGUCGUAUGAUUAUAUUUAUUUUAUACAUAUAAAUAUAUUUUUUAUAUGUAGUGAAAAGAAUUAUACAUAUAAUGCAGCAUGUGUGCUUGUAUGUGUAUGUAUGUAUGCAAGCGUACGUAUGUGCGGUAUGUGAGAGAGUUAUAGUUGCGUCGAUUCGGAGAGAGCUGUCAACUCGUGGAGGUUUGACAAUCAUACCAACUUUCUUGCGCGGUACUGACUUUUCUGUAUAAAUAUGUCGUCACGUGUAAAUAUUUAUUAUUUUUACUGUACAACGCCGGUCGCCGUGUUUUGUCGCAUCAGCUGAAUGACCGAAAGUGUGCAACGAUUAUUUUCGAUUCGUGUCCGAUUUCAUUGACCGUAUCAUAAACGAUUUCCCGAGCACUUUCGAGCUAACGCGACAAAACGAGCCGACGUUCUGAAUUUUUUAUAAUUUGUUAUUUAAUGUAAUGACUGUUAUAAAAAAAAAUGUUCUCUAUUACACACGUUGUAAGUUUUCUGUUUCUUUGGUAUUACUAACGUAUAAGCUUAUCUCUUAAAUUAAACAUUUUUCUAUGAUAA